CAUUGAUGCGUCAAAGGGCGGAGCUGUGGGUGCACUCUGAUCAAGUUUGUACGUCCUGUACUACAUACAAAACAGCACCUGGGGAAGAAGUUCUGCUUGUGUACUCAACUGAGGGAAUAUUCUACACACGUACAGACUUGUUUUUGGAACGUCAUGGGGAAAGAUCCGAAUAAGCCGAGGGGGAAGACUUCGUCCUACGCCUUCUUUGUGCAGACCUGCCGAGAGGAGCACAAGAAGAAGCACCCGGACACGUCGGUGAACUUCUCAGAGUUCUCCAAGAAAUGCGCCGAGAGAUGGAAGACCAUGUCUCCAAAGGAGAAAUCAAAGUUUGAGGAAUUGGCCAAAACCGACAAAGUGCGUUAUGAUCGGGAGAUGAAAAACUAUGUGCCACCUAAAGGUGCCAAGAAGGGCAAGAAGAAGAAGGACCCAAACGCACCCAAGAGGCCUCCAUCAGCUUUCUUCAUCUUCUGCUCUGAUCACCGUCCCAAGGUGAAGAGCGAGAACCCCGGCUUCACUAUCGGUGAUGUUGCGAAGAAGCUGGGUGAGCAGUGGUCCAAACUGACAGCAAAGGAUAAAUCUCCAUAUGAGCAGAAGGCUCUGAAGCUGAAAGAGAAAUACGAGAAGGACGUCGCUGCGUAUCGUGUGAAGGGAGGAAAGGCCGAUGGUGCGAAGAAAGGUGGACCAGGCCGGCCAGCAGGCAAGAAGGUAGAAGUCACAGACGAUGAUGACGAUGAUGAUGAGGAGGAUGAAGACGAGGAGGAGGACGAUGAUGACAUGGAUGAUGACGAUUAAAUUUAUCAGGAAUUUUGUGUUUUUGUUUGCAAAGCAAUGUGAAAAAAGCACAUUUACAAAAAAUAUUUUUUCCUCUCAAAACAUGUACAGAGAUGUGUAUAGAUGAAAUACAUAUUCAGGUCAUGUACUGUUUUGUAAAUUUAUCAGCCGGUUUUGUUAAGCACUGCCUUUAACUUUUUUUUCUCGAGCUGUGGUUUCUCUCUUGUCUAUGAAAUUUGUUUCCACUGGCAUUGUUUGGAAAAAAAAAUGAGGAACACUGUUGUGUAGAUUAAUCCUCAAAAAAUUUUAGAUGUUGAGCUUUGAAAUAUUCUGUAGCCAUUUUUUUUUAUAAUAAAAUUUUGUAUAUUAUGA